UAUAAUAAGAAAAAUAACCUCUGCUCCGUGAUCGGUACUGCUUCUGCACCUCGCGCCCGGGCAGGUAAAUUAACAUGAUGGAUUUCUCCAAGCUACCCAAAAUACUUGAUGAAGAUAAAGAAAGCACAUUUGGUUAUGUGCAUGGGGUCUCAGGACCUGUGGUUACAGCCUGUGACAUGGCAGGUGCAGCCAUGUAUGAGCUGGUGAGAGUGGGCCACAGUGAGUUGGUUGGAGAGAUUAUCCGACUGGAGGGUGACAUGGCUACUAUCCAGGUGUAUGAAGAAACCUUGGGUGUGUCUGUUGGAGAUCCUGUACUCCGAACUGGUAAACCCCUCUCAGUAGAGCUUGGGCCUGGCAUCAUGGGAGCUAUUUUUGAUGGCAUUCAGAGACCUUUGUCAGAUAUCAGCAGUCAGACCCAAAGUAUCUACAUUCCCGGAGGAGUAAAUGUGUCUGCUCUUAGCAGAGAUGUCAAAUGGGAUUUUACACCUUGCAAAAACCUGCGGGUUGGUAGUCACAUCACUGGUGGAGAUAUUUAUGGAAUUGUCAAUGAGAACUCACUCAUCAAACACAAAAUCAUGUUACCCCCGCGAAACAGAGGAACUGUAACUUACAUUGCUCCACCUGGAAAUUAUGAUACCUCAGAUGUUGUCUUGGAACUUGAAUUUGAAGGUAUAAAGCAAAAGUUUAGCAUGGUCCAAGUGUGGCCUGUACGUCAAGUUCGGCCUGUCACUGAGAAGCUGCCAGCUAAUCAUCCCUUGUUGACUGGCCAGAGGGUCCUUGAUGCCCUUUUUCCAUGUGUACAGGGAGGAACUACUGCAAUCCCGGGGGCUUUCGGCUGUGGAAAGACAGUGAUAUCGCAGUCUCUAUCCAAGUAUUCCAAUAGUGAUGUGAUCAUCUAUGUAGGAUGUGGUGAACGAGGAAAUGAGAUGUCUGAAGUCCUCCGGGACUUCCCAGAGCUCACGAUGGAAGUCGAUGGUAAGGUGGAAUCAAUUAUGAAGAGGACAGCUUUGGUAGCCAAUACCUCCAAUAUGCCUGUUGCUGCUAGAGAAGCUUCUAUUUAUACUGGAAUUACGCUGUCAGAAUAUUUCCGUGACAUGGGUUAUCACGUCAGUAUGAUGGCUGACUCUACCUCUAGAUGGGCGGAGGCCCUUAGAGAAAUCUCUGGUCGCUUAGCUGAAAUGCCUGCAGAUAGUGGAUAUCCUGCAUACCUUGGUGCCCGUCUGGCCUCUUUCUAUGAGCGAGCAGGCAGGGUGAAAUGUCUUGGAAAUCCUGAAAGAGAAGGAAGUGUCAGCAUUGUAGGAGCGGUUUCUCCACCUGGUGGUGAUUUUUCUGAUCCAGUUACAACCGCUACUCUUGGUAUUGUUCAGGUGUUUUGGGGCUUAGAUAAGAAACUAGCUCAACGUAAGCAUUUCCCCUCUGUCAACUGGCUAAUCAGCUAUAGCAAGUACAUGCGUGCGUUGGACGAGUACUAUGACAAACACUUCGCAGAAUUUGUUCCUCUGAGGACCAAAGCUAAGGAGAUUCUGCAGGAAGAAGAAGACCUGGCAGAAAUUGUACAACUUGUCGGAAAGGCUUCUCUAGCAGAAACAGAUAAAAUCACUCUGGAAGUAGCAAAACUUAUCAAAGAUGAUUUCUUACAACAAAAUGGGUAUACUCCUUAUGACAGGUUCUGCCCAUUCUACAAGACAGUAGGGAUGCUGUCCAACAUGAUUGCAUUUUAUGAUAUGGCCCGUAGAGCUGUUGAAACCACUGCACAGAGUGACAAUAAAAUCACAUGGUCCAUUAUCCGUGAGCACAUGGGGGAGAUCCUCUAUAAACUUUCCUCCAUGAAAUUCAAGGAUCCGGUAAAAGACGGUGAAGCAAAGAUCAAGGCUGACUACGCACAACUUCUUGAAGACAUGCAGAACGCAUUCCGUAGCCUCGAAGAUUAGAACUGUGAUUUCUUUCCUUCUUUUCCUCAGCAGUCUCUCCUCUGUGUAUAGUUUCCUGAAUUUCUCAUCUCCAAACCCUUUGCUUCUUUGUUGUGCAGCUUUGAGACUAGUACCUAUGUGUGUUAUCGCUUGUUCCCCUGUUUAUCUGGUGGGUCUUCUAUGAAACAAACAUUCCUUUGUUCCAGUGUUUGAAGGGCCUCCCUGAUCCUUUCUCCGAAUGGUGAAUGUAGUAAAUAUGAUAUAUAAUGGCUACACUACUGUAAACUCAUAUGUAGGGUGACAUGCCUCCUUGUCCUAGGUUUGCCCUUGCCUCAUCACCAUUAAAUUGUAAAUGGGA